AUGGUUGCUGCCUUGGCUUCUGGACCUUGGUCAGGAACUUAUACAGCUUCUAAAGCUGCUCUUCAUGCUUUGACAGAUACAUUAAGACCAGAACUUGGACAUUUUGGAAUUGAUGUUGUCAAUGUUGUCCCCGGAGCUAUCAAAUCAAACAUCGGAGAUUCAGCCAUAGCCAGUUACAACCGCAUGCCAGAAUGGAAAUUAUUCAAGCCUUUUGAAGCAGCAAUCAGAGAUAGAGCUUAUUUUUCUCAGAAGUCCAAAACAACCCCUACAGAUGAGUUUGCUCUAAACACUGUAGCUGCUGUCCUUAGGGAGAAACCACCUGCAUGGGCAUUACUCUACUGUCAUGGCUAUCAUGUACCAUUUACCAAUCUCUGUUAG